AUGGUGGAAGUGCGAGGAAAUGUAUUGGAUCAAAACGUCUGGGAUCAUUCGGACGAAGAAGAAACAACAAUGAGAAACCAUUUGAGAAGGCUACAUUCACAGUUACAAGAAAAAGAUGAAGCGAUCAAAUCCUUAGAAGACAAAGUUAAUGACUUGCAAGACCAAGUUGAUAACUUGCAAAAAAUCAAUAGCUAUCUGAAGGAGCAGUUGGCUGACUUGCACAAACAGUUAGAGGAAAAAGGCAAGGAGAACAAUGAAAAUAAUGAAUCCGCAAUACAGCAGCUCACUGAGUUGCAAGAAAGGUUAAGUGCAAAGGAAGAAGAAAUGAAAACAAUGAGAGCGGAACUGACUACAUUGCAGGCGAAUAGAGAAGCAUCAAGAGGGUUAGAAAGUCGAGUUAGUGAGCUGAAAAGUCAAAUGAGAGCAUACGAACAAGAUUGGAAGAAAUUUAGAGAAACGUACGAUCAAGAAAAACGCCAAAAACACGAUUCGCGAGAAUGUAAAAAACAACAAAGAAAGGCGGCGCGACAUGUCGCUGACGACAUGCAAAGUCAGUUAGAAGAAAAGGAGCAUCAAUUGACGACAAUGGCAACACAAUUGCAUGGAUUUCAAAAUCAAGAAGAGCUAGUCAGUCAGCUGGAAGAACAACUGAGAAAGUGGGAGCGACAUGUCGCUGACAUGCAAAGUCAGUUAGAAGAAAAGGAGCAUCAAUUGACGACAAUGGCAACACAAUUGCAUGGAUUUCAAAAUCAAGAAGAGCUAGUCAGUCAGCUGCAAGAACAACUGAGAAAUAAAGAGCAAAAGAUGGCAGUGAUGAGGGAAGAACUGAGUCAAACAGAGCAGCGUGAGAGUGGCUUCAAGUGCAUUCUUUCUUCUUUUCAACAGGACAGUUCACGUGAGUGGGUCAUUAAUCGGCGUGAAAUUCAACUUUCGAAUCAAGAGUUCGGGCGAGGGGCUUGGGGAAGUGUUUUAAGAGGAACUUUUCGCGGUUGUGAUGUCGCUGUGAAACAAAUGCACGUAAAAAUAACCUCUGAUUUCAACAGACAUUUAUUUGAGAGAGAAGUGGAUAUGGCUUCAAAAUGUCGCCAUCCCUGCUUAUUACUUUUUAUUGGGGCUACGACUGAUGACAAAUUACCAUUGCUAGUUACAGAAAUUAUGGACUGCAGUUUGAGAAAUAGAUUGUAUGAAAGCGAGCAGCCUCCUUUAUGUGCAGCUGAAGUGUCUGUUAUCUCACUCGAUGUAGCGCGGGCGCUUAAUUACUUGCACGAGAAGGCCACACCCAUCAUCCACCGUGAUAUCAGCAGUGGAAAUGUGUUGCUGUGGCGAUGUGGUAACCAAUGGAGAGCAAAGGUGUCCGAUUAUGGUACAGCUAACCUUGUGAGCCAGAGCCAAAGAAAUGAACUGGGGACUGCAUUGUAUAGUCCACCCGAGUGCUUAACUGAAGAUCCCAACCGACCAAUUAGUUGCAAGGUUAGUAUGUUAAAGUAGGUCGAUUUUAUCGUAGAAAAGCUAUCAUGCAGACAAAAAAAAGUGUUUUCUCAAAAACGUCUUCGCAAAAGGAAACCUUUUUACUUCUAGAAAGAAAAAACCUCUGACAAAUUUGACAAUGCACGCCUUGAGAGACAAAGGUCCCAACUUGUGAUUCAAAAUACCUACCCUAACAUGCAGACCAUGUGCAUGUGUUUUGCAUACAUUUCCAGCGUUUCCUUUGCUAUUUGCUAUGGCUGUGUUUUUCUUAAGAUGAGAGUGUAUUAACCUGACUAAGUGUCGUGAAGACUCAAUCGAAACUUUUUUUGAGAUAAAAUCAAAUACCUUUUUUAUCACUGUAUGUUUAAGUUCCUUGAACCUAAAAGUUUAUUUUGUCAACUGAAAGAACAAUUUACUAUAUUAAGAUCUCCUUCAAAAAAAUGUUUUCGAUUUCCACAAAGCAAGAUAAAGUCUACUAAAUUUCUUUGGCACUGCCCACACCCAUUCCGCUGAUUACAAAUCGAUAGGCUCUUAUCUGACGUAAUGAGACAAAUCAAGAACUCAAAAACAGGAUUUAUGCAGGCUUAGCUUAUCGAUUUCUUAGGGCCGCCAGUGUAGUUGCACCUCACUGCAACGCAUCUUUCUAGCGUUUUUUGCCUUCAAGAUCAGAGCUUUUUUAGAUUGUGAGGUGGAAAAAAUCUUUCUAAAUUUCCACACUUGUAUCUAAAGUACCUUAAUCUACGUCCUUUGUUUCCGAUUCCGAUUCCAAAUUUGUGGGUUUGAAAAAAAAUUUCUAAAAAUCUCACGUUGUGUUCAAAUCGCAAGAGCAACAAAAAUUCGUAGAGGUUCCUGAUUCGUGUGUAAGUUUAACCCGCCUUACGGACACCCACUUAAUAUGGACACGUCAUUAUUACGGAGCGACAGUUCGCUUUGUCCCUGAGGAAAGAAAGCUCUCACAUUUUCUCUAAAUUUAACCCGCUUAAUACGGACCUGCCCGUUUUAACGGGCAGGUACUUCCAUGGCCUCCUCAGUGUCCGUAUUGACGGGUUUUGACGUAAUAUAUCAAGCCAAAAGCCAUAAUAUGGCUUUUGAUCAAGCAUGAGAAGCAGUGUUUCAUCACCAGUUGAAAAUACGACGCGCAGCGGAGUAUUUUUGACGAACUUCGAGGUGUUUCAUCUGGUGAUGAAACACUGGGUCGAAUUCUUGAUAUUACUUCUCAAACAAAAUGAUUUUAGAAGAGGAAAUUAAGCAUGCAGAACUGAGCAGUUUUUCAUUUGAUUUCCAAAUACUCAUUAAACAUUAAUUUCCUUUGUAUUUUCUUUAUGAAUUAUUAAUAAUUUUGAGAAUGUACUUUCAACUACAAAAAAAAUUUUUUAGGCUAUGGACAAAGCCUUCUAUGUCUUUGUCGUAUGUCUAUACGAACUAAGAUGCCGUUGUUUCGUUUUUCUUUUGAAAUCUAGGUCGAUGUUUAUAGCUUUGGCGUUUUGCUGUGCGAAAUGAACAUCAAGAAACAGCCAGACCCGCGGCGGCGUCGAAUGCAAAUAGACGAGAUGACGAACGCUGCGUUUCAACGACUUGUGAGACGGUGCAUAGUAAGAGAGCCUGCGGAUAGGCCAAACAUGGAAACAGUAAUUGAAGAACUUAAGUGAUUUUUCAAGCCUUACUGCUAAAAACGAUAGAUCCUAAAAAUAGCUAAUGUGGUUCACAAGUUACGAAAACACCAUGAGCUUCACAAACGCUUAUGGAAAAAAAAAAGAUUCUAAAAGGCUUGAGGUUCUGAGCUUAGCUGUGGUAUAACACAAUAGGAGAACUUCGUUCUAUGUCCUGUAGCAAAGGUAUUGUGGGCUGAUUAAACUUAGUAAGAAAACUGUGCACGCUAUAUUGUAAAACACUGAAGUUACCAUUGAAAAUAUUAUCCACCGGGAGGUCGCGACUCAAAAAUGGGGUUGGAUGAAUACUGGUUUUCCUUGUGUAAAUCUAUCAAACGAUGCCCGACGAAAACUUUGAUUCUUAAGCCGAAAGGGUAAUUUGUUUUCGAUCUCGAACUAUUGCUGUUAAAUUAGCCAGUUCCAUUUCAAAGAAAAAAAUUUCAGCUUCCAAAUACUUUCGGUCUGUUUAAUGUAUACUAAAGACUAAGGCAUCCAAAAAGGUCAAAACUUAGCUACUAUUAAGAUAAUCAAAUGAUCUUUUAAAAAAAACCAUAUUCAGCAGGCGUUUCUAAAACAUCUGAUAGACCUAGAUUCAUGGAUGUCACUGUAAUUUUUUGAAUGUCCUCUUGUAAUAAUAAAGAUUUAGAUUCAGUUUGAAAAAUAACUUGAUCAAGGGCGGAUUUAGGGGUGGGUAGAGGGGGCCGCGGCCUCCUCUUUUUCUUUGAAAUUUUUAUUAGUUUUAUAGAAUUUUCAGAAAAAUUAAAAGCAUCUAUAUAGCUGGCAAGUGUCCCGGCCACGCCCUUCUGAAUUUUCUGGAUCCGCCCCUGUUGAUGCUUAUCAUAAUUUGUAGUAGACUUUAUUUAAACCUUUUCUUGCUUUAAUGAUGCUAAUUGUUCAACUUUUAUUUGUUUUGGAGAAGUUGGUGUGUUUUUCCAGACUUGACCUAGGCUGUUUUAAGAAAGAGUUGAAAAGUGCCUGGUAGCGAAAAACCCAGCGGGUAGUUUAAUUGCCAUUCGACCCUGUAGGAACUAUUUGAGAAAGACAAACCCUUAGGGAGAUCAUUCUUUUUUCCUUUCAUUUUAUUUAUCACAAACUAAAAUGGCAGAUUUAUUUAAUUUAAAUAGUUGAUGAUUAGUAUUUAAUCCGCCAUACUUGAAAAGUAAAGAGGACCUCGACUGGUCUCCUUGUGGUAAUACUGCAUAGACAGGAGAGGGGCUCAUCCAGCUUGAUUGGGGGUUUUCCAUCCAUUACCGGAUGGAGUCAAAGGAGCCGGGUUGACGGUGUAGACUGCAAAAAAAUCGUUCCCCUUUUUUGAGUUCGUCAGUCAUACGAAUGUGUGGGGUCUUCAAAGAACAGUUUAGUAUAGUGCAAGUGUGCAAGCGGAUCAAAAUUGUAUAGUAUGGUAUGGAGAUUUUCAAGGAGCGCUUUAACCACUGAAUGUCUGAUGCCCUAAGUCUUCUCUCGUCAAAUGCGUUGGUCAUUUAGCGUUUUUUGCAAUCUUAAAAUAGGGUGCUGUUUCUUGGAAUAGAAAUCCAAUAAUAACAAGGAAUAAUUAUCAAUUGUCAUUUUUAGAAGUUUCGUAUAACCUG